AUGUCCUCAGAAGGCACGUCACAAGCUGCCGCGACCGAUUCCGCCUCCGGCCCCGGUCCUGAUGCCGGUCCUCGACAGUCGCGGAUUUCCGAUCCACCCUCCGAUUCCGAACCCCCGGACUCGGGCCGGCAACCGACACAAGUAACGCGAUCGCCUUCUGCCAAUACUUCUCGCCAUCGCGAUGUCGCCCCCCGCGAUUUCGUCCGGCUCUUCCAGUGUCAGAUCUGCUCACUUCCCCUAGAUGAGCCCAUCAGCCUCCCCUGCGGUAAAAGCCUGUGCCGGCGCUGUUUACCAGGUACACACAUGCGCGCCAACAUAACAUAUCCCGCUGCUCCAGAAAGACUCCGUGGCUUUAAAUGUCCCUUUGAGGACUGCAGUAAGGAACAUGCUGUUGGCGACUGCGCUAUUGAUGUUGUGCUCAACAAGACGGCGCAACACGUGAGGGAAGAAAUCGAGCGAUUCAUGAAUGAGUCUUCAACCACCGAACUGGCGACCAAGGUCAUGUGGCCUGACCCUUGGGCUGCUGCAGGCGUUUCUUCCAUGAGGGACGACGAUGAAGCAUACGCAAAGGUGAUACCCGGCGGAAAGGUUAUCGCCACUUAUCGCCUAGCCGAGGAGGGUGACCUGUCUUAUGAGGCCGAUAUAUACUACGACGAAAUUACAUCGGCGACGCCAUCACCACCUCCUGAUGCUGAUGAUACAGGGCUCGUUCGAAAAGCGCAAGACGCCACUCGCGCUGAAAUGGACUGUCAGGUCUGCUAUGCACUCUUCUACGAUCCUCUUACAACCUCUUGCGGGCACACGUUCUGUCGGUCAUGCUUACAUCGCAUACUUGACCACUCACGGUAUUGCCCGAUAUGUCGUCGCCCACUGGCUAUCAGCCCCCUAUUAAGUCAAACUUCAUCGCCUUCCAAUCAGACUAUCAAGCGCAUCAUCGAAACAUUCUGGCUGGAGGAAGUCAACGCUCGAAAGGAAGCACUGGAUGCUGAGAGGGUGGCUCAGAUGCAGGAUUAUGACCUCGCACUCUUUGUAUGCACACUGUCGUUCCCCCAAAUGCCGACAUUUCUACACAUCUUUGAGCCGAGAUAUAGACUCAUGAUCCGGAGAGCACUGGAAGGUGACCAUACUUUCGGUAUGGUUAUCCCUAAACGGCCCCAACACCCUGGUGAUGCCAACUUUCAUCAGCUAGGCACGCUUCUCCGCAUUGUCAAUGUCCAGUUCUUCCCAGAUGGUCGGAGUCUCAUUGAGACUGUGGGCUUGUCGCGCUUCCGCGUUCUCGAACACAGUUACCUCGACGGAUACAUUGUCGGCAAGACUGAAAGGAUAGACGAUGUUAGUCUCGAGGAUGAAGAAGCUGCUGAGGCUGCUGAGGCUGCUGAAGCAACACCGAUAGAGACUGAGGAUCAACAACAACCCAUUCAGGCUAUGGAUACUGUCCAGGAACCCACUGAACCAACACCGACAUCUCCACUACCGCGGUCUGAUUCUUCCAGUCCGCGCAUGCCAACUUCAAUCACCGAGAUCGACUCAAUGUCUACGCAGAAUCUUAUGCACUACGCAUCAUCUUUCGUCACACGAAUGCGUCAACAGAGUGUUCCCUGGUUGACAGAACGCAUGUUGACUAUAUACGGCGAGUGUCCAGAAGACCCUGCCAUCUUUCCGUGGUGGUUUGCCAGUAUGUUGCCGGUCAAAGAUAUUGAGAAAUAUCGACUCCUGGGCACAUCCAGCGUACGUGAGCGACUCAAGAUAUGCUGCACGUGGAUUGUGGAAUGGGAGACAUCCAGAUGGUAA